UAGCCGGUAUUCAAGUAGAAUAGUUUAGUUACUAAUGCUCUCUAAUUACAAAGAUGAACUGCUUAGUAUUUUCCAUGGUGUUGCUGAUUUUUAAAAAUUAUAUUUUAGGUACACUAGCCUUGGAGGAGGAGUGUACAAAGAACUCUGACUGCACCACCACAAACUCAGUGUGCAUUGGAAACAAAUGCACUUGCGAUGAUCUGUCUUACCACAGCGCUUCCCGAUGUCUUCCAUAUGCCACCGAAUAUAGCGCUAGCUGCUACGAAAACGAGCAGUGCGACUGGUUAGGAGACAACUCAGAAUGCAUCCACAACCGAUGCGUUUGUUCUGAAAAUUUUAAGUGGUACAAGGGAAAGUGUCGGAAAUACGCUGAUAAGGGAGAAGCCUGCGACGCUUAUGAUGCGUGCUAUAAUGGUUACGAUAUGUUGUCUUUAACUUGUUCUAAGGGAGUCUGUGUCUGUUCCUCUGAAGAAUAUUACGACAGGGGGUAUGACUGCAGGAAGUCAUCAAAGGAAAGAGGAGACUGUGCCUUGACCCUUGACUGUCAGUCGCCUACCCUCGGAUGUACUCGUGGAAAAUGUACGUCCACCAAUUCUUCCAGCGAGCAGCAUUUUGGAAUUUUAAACCAACAAUUUCAGCCUGUCCAGGGGUUAAUAUACGGGAAAGGUGCGAUUUCUUGUGAAACUGAUGGCGACUGUGUCGAUAUGGCCAAUUCUCUGUGUGAUAUAUCGAAUAAAACGUGUAAGUGUAAUGAAAAUACUCACUAUCUGUACAAUGGCAAUUGCGUCCAAGGUUUAAGUCACUGCGACGAUGCCAGUGACUGUACAGAUAUCAGCAACGCAAUUUGCUACAAACACAGCUGCGUUUGCCAACAGGGAUUUUUUUCCAAUGCCAAAGAGUGUGUAGCUGAGCUAGGAAUGCAGGAUCCUCAUAACAAUUACACAGCUGACAGCGACUGCCCUAUUAAACCCGGCCAACUGGUAAACUCUGCUUGCUACUGCAAAGAUUAUUGGUUCAAUGACGCAUCUAAUAGAAACUGCAUAAAGAGUAUGUCUGAGCCUGCACGUAGCUGUGUUGUCAAUGAAUGGUGUACUGCGAUGGGUCCAUAUUCGUAUUGCGAUUCGGCAUCCAAUACUUGUCAGUGUAGUAGCGGUGCUACAUUUAAUGAGGAAACAUAUUACUGUGAGCCAAAAACUAAUAACACAGUUGACUGCCUAAGAGAUACAGAGUGCGACAUUAACGAACGUUGCGUAGAUGAAAAGUGUGAAUGUUCAGAGAAUUUUUCGAGAGGUAACGACACCACCUGCGUCCCUAAUAUUGGAGCAUCUUGCGCAAGCGCAACUUCUUGCUCGCAUAUGAAAAAUGCACACUGCGUAGGCGGAGCAUGCAGAUGUGGUAACGACUAUGUAGGGAAAGAAACCAAAUGCCUAAAAAUUGCUGACAGCUUAGAAGAUUCUUGUGAAGAGGAGGAGCAGUGCCAGGGUCUCGCACACGCGGUUUGUGGUGUAUCUGAAAUCGAAUACGUAACAAACGAAUACAACGACACCUUACGAUGUAUCUGCGAAGAGGGAUAUACGGAAGUCAACGAUAUGUGUCAUCAGGUUAAAAAAUAUGGCGACCCUUGUAUGACCGAGUCGCAAUGUACUUUGGUUCUUAAUCGUUCUUACAAGUGUAGAAACAGUAUGUGCCAAUGUAAUGUCGGCCAGUCAUUGAAGAAUGGGUAUUGCACUUCUGCGAGUAACGUUGCUGUAGCCAGUUCUUUGCUGUUUUUGUCGAUACUAUUAAAGUUGGGAUUAAGUUAAAUAAAAUAACACUGCUUUGGUUAA